UGGCCACUUCAGGCACAGUCAGUAAAAUGUCCAGUUCAGGUUUGCUUUCAACUGCAGACCAAAGUGAUGAAGAUGGUGAUAGUUCUCAAAAUGAAAGUCAGAAAAUGAUGGGAGCGGUUCACAGUCAUUUAGAAGAGCACAUUCGUCCAUGCAUUGAUCUGAUUGACACUCUGAGGUCAGAUGGCAUCCAUAAAGACUUGGCAUUACCGACUAUUGUAGUAAUUGGAGACCAGAGUUCUGGAAAAAGUUCUGUGUUGGAAGCACUGUCUGGAAUUGGACUUCCAAGAGGCAAUGGAAUUGUAACCAGAUGUCCAUUAGAGUUGAGGCUGAAGAAGGUACCAGGAGUCAACUGGAAGGCUGUUUUAACGUACGAUAAGAAGACUGAUGAAUCUAAGAAAAUUGAAUUUUCAGAUCCUUCACUUGUUGGAGAACAUGUCGCAGCAGCCCAGAAUGAGCUGGCAGGAAAAGGGGUAGGAAUAUGUGAUGAGCUCAUUACAUUAGAGAUCAUGUCACCAGAUGUAUGUGACCUCACAUUGAUCGAUCUGCCUGGAAUUGCCAGAGUCCCAGUAGAAGGACAACCAGAGGAUAUUGGAAAACUGAUCAAACAUCUGAUUAUGAAAUAUAUUAAGAAACCUGAGACUAUAAACCUGGUUGUGGUCCCUUGUAAUAUUGACAUUGCAACAACAGAAGCCUUAAAAAUGGCACAAGAAGUUGAUCCUGAGGGCAAAAGAACAGUCGCCAUUUUGACCAAACCAGACCUCAUAGACAAGGGAACAGAGGAACGCAUUCUGGCCAUUGUCCAGAACAAAGUGAUUCCUCUCCGCAAAGGUUACAUCAUGGUGAAGUGUAGAGGACAACAGCAGAUCAAUGAUGAAAUUCCUCUGGAGGAGGCAGCACAAAUGGAGAGAGAUUUCUUCCAAAACCAUGACUAUUUCAGAUGCCUCUUGAAAGAGGAUAAAGCAACUAUUAAAAAUCUUGCCGUCCAACUAACUCAGGAUCUUGUUGAUCAUAUCAAAAAAUCAUUGCCACAGCUCCAUGAGCAGAUAAAUAAGCAGUUGUGGAGUGUGAAGAGAGCACUUAAGGACUGUGAGAUUGGACCACCAGAAGACCCUGAGGGAGCCAAGGAUUUCCUUAUUAAAACAUUAAAUGGAUUUAAUGAGAAAAUCAAGUCUCUGUCAUCAGAAGAGAUGAUAACUGAGAACAAUAUGUUUGCCCAGCUUCGUGCUGAAUUCAAGAAGUGGAAUGAUUAUCUUAACAGUACAAAGACACCCUUUAACAAUUCAAAUGAGUUAAGCAAGAAUUACAGAGGGAUGGAACUGCCUGGUUUCAUGAACUACAGAUUCUUUAAGAAGAUAAUGCAGGACCAUGUGGCCAAACUUAAGGAUCCAGCCAUUGAUUUACUCAAUGCCAUAAAAGACAUCAUCAUUAAGCAAUUCACGGACGUGGUGAGUGAGUGCUUCCAGAACUAUCAUGUCCUUCAAAACAUCACUAAGGACAAAAUCAACAACAUUCAGUUAACCCAACUAGAAAAGGCAGAGCAGAGGAUCGCAGAGCAGUUUGAAAUGGAAAACAGGAUCUACACUCAAGAUCCCAUUUUCCUGAAGACCUUGAGUGAGAUUACAAAUGAGACUUUUUAAAAGGAGUUACCUGUCUUU